CUGGGUAAAGCUCAAUCCGCCCGGCGCCGCUACCUGCCUCACUACCUCACUCUCUCUCUCAGUCGCGGGCGGGAAGUGUGAGAGAGUGUGUGUCCCUCCCCGCCUCAGACGUGCCCCAGUGACUCCCUGUCAAGCAUGGCGCGCCGCCCCCCUGCCACUGGGCUUCUGGUGCGCGCAUGUCUACCGUUCCUCCUGCUGCUGGUGAGGACGGCGACCGCGCAGGAGCCUAGCAAGGGCUCCGCCGUCCCGCUCAUGACGGAGGCGCUGCAGGAGGUAGUCCCGGCGUACCUCCGUGACGAGUCCUCUUUCUGGAACCUGUGGCAGUACUCGCUGGAACACGAUGCCCCCCGGGGACCCGUCAUCAGGGGCAGUGCGAGCCUGGAGGCCAAGACAGUAUUGGCUCCGAGCAUAGGCGCCGAAAUGCAUCUGGUGCCUCAGGACGCUGGCGAUGUCCGCUUUGGCACCACCCCCGCCCUCCAGGCACUCCGUCGCGACUACCUCCUGGAUCAUCUGCUGCCCGAGUCCCUGGCGCCCUCAGACCCCCGCAUCUCCACCGGCGUCUCCCUCAACACGGCCUCCGGGAAGGAAGUCACUUUUACCAAGGAUGAGACGGGUGGCGUGCGGGUGAAUGGCGUGGCCGUGGAGCGCACCGUCAGCUUGGCCGGGGACACCUACGUCUACUUCCUUUCCGAUAUCCUCUUCGACAACCGCCAUCGAGUCACCUCCGCCUUCCACCGCCACCACGACAUCGACCUGGCCAACGACCCCCUGGGACCCCCCUGGACCUGGAGAUGCCCGUCAUUAGGGCCCCGGCACCCCCUCCCCCAGGCACCCCAGGCAUACCCAAGCCCCCAGCUAUUCCAGUGGCACUACAGGUCGUCAGAGCGCCUGCACCCCCAGUCAGGCCCCCGUCGCCGCCCCAGGUCGUCAGGGCACCGGCGCCUCCAGGACAAAACGAGCCACGCCCCCCAGCCAGCCCCAUUGGAAUAGUCAGAGCUUCAGCAUCUCCCCCAGCAGUCUUCCCCCCUGCGCCCCCUGAGGUGGUGGGGCCUCCCGCCGCCCCUCCGCUAGGCGUCGCUGUGAGGGCCCCCGCACCGCCCCCUGGUAACACUCCGCAACUGGUAGGUCCCCCCGCCCACCGCCAUCCGCCUGCCAGGUCCCCCGCGCCGCCGUCAGGAGGCGUGGGAGCGGCAGUGGCGGCCACGCUGACCACGAUGAUAUUACUCUAAGGGCGCCCCCAGACAACACACCCAUCCCUUUAACCUGCCCUGGAGUGUGUUGGGUGGUGAGGGGCUGCUCUGCCCACCCACCCACCCACUGCAAACUGCCGCAAGGACUAGCUAUGUCCUUCUCUCUCUCUCUCUCUCUCUCUCUCUCUCUCUCUCUCUCUCUCUCUCUCUCUCUCUCUCUCUCUCUCUCCAUGCCCCGCCCUAAUGUCCGGUUGGGGCUCCUUCAACCUGCUAUCCUCCUUUGCCUCUCACUCCCUCCCUCCCUCCCUCUCUCCCCUUCUUUCUUCCCUCUCUCCCUCCCACUCUCCCCACUCCUUCCUUACCUCACAUUGCAACUUACGCCUGUUCCCGCCCUCUCUCUCUCUCUCUCUCUCUCUCUCUCUCUCUCUCUCUCUCUCUCUCUCUCUCUCUCUCUCUCUCUCUCUCUCUCUUUCUGUCCUUCCCUUCCCUUCCCUCCUUCCUUCCUUCCUCGCCUCCUACACUCCUCCUCUUAAGGCUGUUCCUUUUUUUUUUUUAUUAUUCUAUUUCGCAAUUUUCACUUUCUCUUUAUUGGGCAAAUGGCGCCUUUGAAUUCCUUUUCCAUUAUAUAUAUUGUUUUUUUUUCUGUUCUUAGUCUUCAGUGGUCUCUCUCUCUCUCUCUCUCUCUCUCUCUCUCUCUCUCUCUCUCUCUCUCUCUCUCUCUCUCUCUCUCUCUCUCUCUCUCUCUCUCUCUCUCUGAAACACCUACACCUACACAUACAUUACGAACAACAACAACAACAACAACAACAACAACAACAACAACUACCACUACUACCACUACUGCUACCACUGCUACUACUACUACUACUACUACUACUACUACUACUACUACUACUACUACUACUACUACUAUUACUACUGCUGCUGCUGCUGCUACUACUACAACCUAACCCACUGACCAGCAGGUGUGCUCGACUGACCAAUAAGAAAGAGACUUCCUACCUCACCUUUAGCCUUAGACAAAAGCCUUUCCUUUACUAUUAAGCAAGCUAUAAUUCACUGUUACGUCACUGCCUUUGUUUUCACCUCGGAGUUUCUGGCUUGUCUUUCCUCUCUUAUCUUGACUCUUUCCUUUCCUAUUGUUUUUAUACCAAGAGCUUUCCUUUAUUCUUGAUCUUGAACUUCCCUCUGAUAUUAGAAGCUUUAUUUUAUUGUUAGAUAUAUGUUGUUUCUGUAUUCUAAAGACGCUUCUCUUGAACUUUAUGUAAACUUUAAUGAAAGUCUUGCUGUGCCUUAAACUUUUCUCUGCCCCUUAAAUUCUAAACCUCUAACCUUUGUGACGUUAAAAUACUCAUCUCUUAGAUUAUAUAUAUAUAUAUAUUUUUUUUUUCAUUAACACUUAGAUAUUAGUUUAGUGUUAGAAUAAAUUAAUCUUAACCUUAGAAAUGUGCUUUACACUUCACCAAUACGCCCAAGACUCUCUCUCUCUCUCUCUCUCUCUCUCUCUCUCUCUCUCUCUCUCUCUCUCUCUCUCUCUCUCUCUCUCUCUCUCUCUCUGUUCGUAUUCUCCCACUUUUAGAAAACUUUCUUUAAAUAAAAAAAAAACUUUAAUCUCAUCUUCUAUAUUCGUAUACGUAUUUUCUACAUUUUUUGCACCAUUUCCUUCGAUACACCUCCUCCAACGACCCACCAAAAAAAAAAAAAAAAAUUUCGAAAUUUUCCUUUAAUCUUCAUAUCUUACAUUACAACCUUAUCACUUCCCUUUCAUGCAUUCCUGCCACUUCCAUGCAUACACCUUCCCCAAGAAAAGCAUUACCCAAUUUCUGAAGCCCUUUGAAAUGCAAAAAAAUAAAAUAGAAUAAAAUAAUGAUAAUAAUAAUAAAUAAAUAAAUUAAAAUAAAUUAAAAUAAAAUAAAUAAAAUAGAUAAAUAAAUAAAUGUACCCUAAUCAUUUCCCUUCACAUUUUUUUUCUUUUUUCUUUUUUUCAAUUUCUCCAACGCAUCUACAAAAAAAAAAAAAAAAAAAAAUCCAUUUCCGAACCUUGCAAACAUUCCGGCACUCCACAAAACCCAGAAUGAAUUUCACACUUACACCUCUUCCUCUACAGUCCCUUAUGAUUCUCUCCACUCUCCGUGCUUUCCUUUGCGCCUCAGAGCCUCUCCCGUAGUCUUGACACAGCCGGGCAAUUACUAACACGCGCGUAAAGGUGUACUCAAUUAAUCAUAAGCCUAAUGAGCAAAACGUCCAUUGUUGUGGUAAUUUAUUGGUAAGUUAUUAGGUGCUUGGGGGACAUGCUUGUGAUGUAAGGCCACUGGAGGAGGAGGAGGAGGAGGAGGAGGAGGAGGAGGAGGUGAAGGAGGAGGAGGAGAAGGAGGGAUGGAGGAGGAAGAGGAUAAAGGAAUGUUUCUAUGCAUUUUUCCUCCUUCUUAACCUCCUCUCUCUUCUUAGCCUCCUCUUCCUCCUCCUCCUCUUCCUCCUCCUCCACUAAAGCCUUGUGUACUGCCUCAGACGGACAAAUAAAUAAAGAGUCUAACUGGU